ACUCAUAAUAGAUGUUAAGAAAACAAAAAUGAUUUAAUUAUAAUAACUAUAGUUAUCAUUCACAUUCAUCAGACAUCAUUUUACAUUCAUCAAUUGAACCAAAAAUGUUACCAAUGCGUAUUCGGGUAAAUAAACGCACGCUGCGAAUGAAAUUACAUUAUUUUCUUUAUUUGGGCGGUGUUGCAUCAGUUCAAGGAUUUGCGCCUACAAUAGCGAAGCAAUUGGGUUAUUCGCCGAUGGUAGUUGGUUCUGUUUUCACAUAUUUGUCCAUGUUAUCCUUUGUCGCAAAACCCAUCAUAGGAAUUAUCGUUGAUAAAUUUCGAGUCAAAAGAGUUAUGUUUCUUACAUUUGUUUUGUUAAAUGGUCUUACGGCGUUUUCUCUACAAUUUAUCCAGAAAGUACCCACAGAAGCUGUGGCGAAUUUAAGUUGUGACACAACAACAGUAUUAAACGUUUGUUCAAACAAUGACGACCGGUUGUCUCAAUGUGAUGACAGUCUAUUUAAGCUUUUACGAAAUAGCGAAGAACCAGUUGAAUGUCAAUUACUCUGUGAACAAAACGAAUCGUUUCGGGAAGUAAUCGAUAGAUCUUGGAAUAUCAUUGACUAUAAUAUAGCUCCAAAUGUCACGUAUAAAAACGAUGAAUUUGAGGAUCUCGAUGUAAUUUUAACUAUCAAUUCGACAGAUCAGAUCAAACAGAACUAUGUUUUUCAAGUGAAAUCUGUACACAUCAUGAAAACACAUGUUGCAUUUCCAGUCUGUCGGAGACCAGUGACUACUCGGUGCAACAUUGACUGCUCAAACGAUGUUUUAAUGGAAUUAGCCACUAUUCAAAAGUUCGAAGGAAGUGUUUUUGGCUUAAAUCAGUUCUGGAAAUAUUUAAUUGUUAUGAGCUUAUUUUGGAUUAGCCAAGCAAUCACUUGGAGUCUACAAGACCCCAUAUGCUUUGAUAUUUUAGAAGAUAAACCCGAAGACUUUGGAAAACAAAGGUGUUGGGGCUCCAUAAGUUGGGGACUUUUCUCAGUUUUUGGCGGCGUACUGGUCGAUUAUUUCAGUAAUAGUGAUUAUCAAAAAAACUACGUUCCAAUUUAUUGUCUUUGUCUUGUAAUCAUACUAUGGGACUUUGCAGUAGCGUACAAAAUAAAAAUAACUGAGACCGUUGGGUCUAAGGAUACAUUUUCCGACGUAUUCAAAUUAAUAACUAAUUUUAAUGUCAUAAUCUAUUUGAUAUGGAUCAUAGUGAUGGGAAUUUGUACGACGAUGCCAUGGAAUUAUCUAUUUUGGUACAUGGAGGAUUUAACCCGAAAGUAUCACAGUGAUAAGCAAUCGUGGACCAAAACUUUACAAGGUUUUGCUAUAGGAAUUCAAUGUAUCGGCGGUGAAGUUCCGUUCUUAUUUUAUUCCGGUUGGUUGAUCAAACGCAUUGGACACACGUAUUGCAUGGCCUUAGGUCUUUUCACUUUUGCUCUUAGAUUCUAUCUGUACUCUGUGAUUACUAACCCUAUUUGGAUACUGCCGGUCGAGUUCACCAACGGUAUUACAUUUGGAUUGUGUCAUGCUGUCUUGUUAGCAUAUGCUAGAUUUAUUGCUCCACAGAGUUCCUCCACGACAGUAGUAGCAUUAUCUGGAGCGCUAUUCGAAGGUGUUGGUACAUCUAUUGGUGGUUUAGUCGGUGGAUUUUUGUACCAAACAUAUGGAGGAAAGCAGACAUUUAAAUUAUUUUCAUAUGGCUCAUUAAUAAUGGGCAUUCUCCAUGUAAUAUUUAUUAAAUUAAAUAAUAAGUCGAUUAAUGGGAAAACCUAGAAAUAUAAAAAAAACCAGUGUUUGAUAAAUAUCCUAUUUGCUUUAAAAUGAAAAUGUGAAUAAUUUGAUAAACAACAAAAAAAAAAAAAUUUAUUUAUAAAAUGAUUUGUGUUUCUGCACCCCUUUAUAGUGGCAUAGUGUACUGAACAAGAAAAAAAUUACUUGAUUAUUUAUUUUUCUGGAAACCUCAAUUUUUAAAAUGAUUUUUACACUGCCGCAGAAAUAAUUUCAAAAUAAAACUGACAUGUAAAAAUGAAAUUAAAAAUGUCAAUAAUUGAUUUUUAAUUUUGAGAUGUUGAAAUUCGUUCUUAAGUAUAGAUAUAAACAAUUUGGAAAUUGUAUAAGAAAAUUACUCGAUGACAACAUUUGGCCCCAAAGUUAUGAUUGCUUGUUAUCGUUCUAUAUUUCUUCAAAAAUAUAUUUUCAGUAUUAAUAUUUAUUUUUACUUUCAAUAAUGUCUUUAUUCUAUUGUUGAUAUUAUAUUUUGAAAUAAAUGUUCAUCUUUUUAGGUUGAACUAUUAAGUUAUAAGAUACUUAAAAGUAUUUAUCAAAUAUUUUUAAGAGAAAAUAGUAUGUACAUUCUGGGUAUUUUAUUUGCUAAGUUAUGUUAAGGUACUUAAGCUUAAAACAAAAUAAUAGUGUUAAAAAUUAAAAUUACUGAUUGCAUAUUAUUUAUAGUUUUAACUUGUAAGUAAUAAAUUUUCUAAAUAAUAUUCUUA